CUCUCACCGGUCACAGUGGAAAAGUAAUGGCUGCCAAAUAUUUACAGGAACCAGUAAAAGUAGUUACUGGUAGUCAUGAUCGCACUUUGAAAAUCUGGGAUCUGCGUAGUAUAGCAUGCAUUGAGACAAAAUUCGCUGGUUCAAGUUGUAAUGAUCUUGUAACCACCGAUAGCCUAGGCUCGACUAUUAUAAGCGGACAUUAUGAUAAAAAAAUACGAUUUUGGGAUAUACGCACCGAAAAGCUAGCAGACGAUAUUUUGAUGCCAGCAAGAAUUACUUCGUUAGAUUUGUCAAAAGAUUUUAAUUACCUCAUUUGUUCCAUCAGAGAUGAUACAAUACAACUUUUCGAUUUACGCAAAAAUCAAGUGAUUACAACAUUUUCCCAUGAAAACUUUAAACUAAGCUGUGAUCUAGCCAGAGCCUCAUUUAAUAGCGGCGGUACGAAAAUUGCUUGCGGUUCAGCCGAUGGCUUAAUUUAUAUAUGGAAUAUAAGUGGACACUUGGAGGCCACACUUAAGGGUCAUACUUCUGGUUACGGUUUUUUCCACAGUACUGCCGUGAAUGCGGUCAGCUGGAGCACCAAUUUCAAUGCGAUCGCUUCUGUCGGUAAAGGAAAGAAAUGUAUUAUAUACACGGAAUCGUAGCCGAGUGUUGCAAUAGCAAAUUCCGAGUACAUUGCAUGCUGAAAGAAUGAGUGCAGAUAUUGCUUCUAAGAAGAACUACAAUGAACAAAUGUUGGGAGUCGCUGCAUCUAAUAUUUCAGUGUAGAUUUUACUAAAAAUAAACAGAGAUAAAAUUUAUUUUAAUUUAAAAUUCUAUUGCUGACAUUUUAAAGUAUUGCAGGAUCACUCUAACAAAAAAAAAAUAUAUA